AUGCCGACCACCUCCAUGCAGGCAGAGUGCGAUAAGAUAAGAUCAUCCGGCGACGAGUGCCGACGCAAAUUUUCCGGCGGGAACCUCCUCGUCGUGGCGACGGACAUGGACGGCACGAUCCUCGACCCCAAGCACCGCCUCACCGAGCGGACGAAGGACACACUGUAUGAGCUUUCCACGCGUGGGGUCCAUAUCAUCUUCGCGACAGGCCGACACCACUCCUGCGUUUAUGCCACAAGACGUGACCUGCUUGAGCAUUACAGGAGGAGAAGUACGGCCAGGGGUGUCCCUGACUCUCCGACCACCGGUUACGAAGGCUUUUAUAUCAUUUCCUCCAAUGGGGCAAGAGUACAUAAUCCGAACGGGGAUUUGAUUUUCUUGCGCGAUUUGGACAGCGAUAUUGUCAGGGUUCUCUACGAACGAUUUGGCAUUCGUGAUCACGGCGACGAUCCACGGAAGGUUUUGUCUGUUUCGGCGUACCAAACGGAGAAGUGGUGGAUAAAUCGUACCAUCAUGAGUGAUGAGGAGUCACUGGCAAUGUUUGGUGUGGUGCCCGACUUGCAUCCAGAUCUUCUUAAGGAAUUUCCCACCACUGGCGUUGGCAAAGUGUGUUUUCGUUGCUACGACAGAGAUAUCUUGCACCAGUACGAAGCUGAAAUUAAAGAACUAUUUCAUGGACGUGCCACAGCUGUGAUGUCGUCAGAAAUUUGCUUGGAUGUCAUGGCUGCGGGGGUCUCCAAGGCCGCGGCGCUUAGGGAGAUUGGCAGGAUUUUAAAAUUUGACCCCGAACGAGAGGCCAUUGCCUUUGGGGACAGCAUGAACGACGGGGAUAUGCUCUGCUCUGUGGCGAAGGGGUGCAUCAUGGGCAACGGGCAGUCACGGUUGAAGGAGUCGUUGCCACAUUUGGAGGUGGUGGGCUCCAGCUCAGAGGAUGGCGUGGCGAGGAAGUUGCAAGAAGUCUUUCAAAUAUUUCAUGAAUGA